UUCUAACCCCUCCCACAAGUUAAAAGCAGGAAAUAGGACUAGCCUGCCUUGGGUGACAUGGACAGGGAGGGACAGGCAGGAAUAAGAGACACACUGGGACAAACCCUGGCAGAUGGGCUCAGGUAUUGACAGCAAAGUGCAAGCCAAGGACUGACACAGGCUGAGCCAGCAGGAUUCACAGGGGCUGGGACCCAGGCACCCACUGCCUUAGAGGAGGAGGCCACAAACUGGCAGCUUGGGUGAAGUCAAAAGCUCAGUACCCAGAGGGAUUGUCUGGAUCCAGCUGUCUGCAGACCUAGGAGCAGCCUGUCAGCAGGCUCUUCCUUGUUCUUUGGCCUUUGACUGCCACUGGCAGAGACCUUUGCUUGUCAUCACAAUGGACGACUCUCCCCACCAGAACACUGGAUGGAUGCCGUACUGGGUCGCCCUGUCCCAAAUCCUUGGGGUAGCAGCUUUAGCGGUGACCGGGACAUGGCUGUCACAUUACAGAGGGGGGUUUGCCUGGUCUGGAAAUCUGCAGUUUAAUGUCCACCCACUCUGCAUGGUGUUGGGAAUGGUGUUUUUGUGUGGAGAUGCACUCCUGGUGUAUCGAGUUUUCAGAAAUGAGACAAAGAAAGCAACCAAGAUCCUUCACGGUGUCCUACACAUCCUUGCGCUGAUCAUCUCCUUAGUAGGAAUCAUUGCUGUAUUUCAGUUCCACAAGUCAAGCGGGAUUCCAGAUAUGUAUAGCUUGCACAGCUGGUGUGGCAUGGCGACAUUCGUCUUCUACAUCUUGCAGUGGAUACUUGGAUUCGUCAUGUUCUUUGUGCCGGAAGUAGGUUUUACAUACAAGGCCAAAUUUAAGCCGAUGCACGUCUUCGUUGGUUUAUCCCUUUUGGUUUGUGCCAUAGCUUCAUGCCUACUUGGCUUAACGGAAAAACUGUUCUUCUCAAUCCCAAAGGACUACUCGAAAAUGCCACCAGAGGGCAUUCUUGCAAACACUUUGGGCUUGCUGCUAGUUGCGUUUGGCACAGUCGUUGGCUAUAUUCUGACUCGAGACGAGUGGAGGCGUCAGCCACUUCCAGAGGAACAAGCGCUCUCCAUUGAUUUUAAGACGUUGACGGAGGGAGAGAGCCCGUGUGAGCCGUGACAAUCCUAUUGAAGCAGAGCUAAGAUCCAUCUUCCGCUUUCCCUCAGACAAUAUUUGUGAUUGUAACGUGAUGCUUGCUGUGGCUGGAGGCUUUGUCAAUGUAAGAUAACGGGUUUGUAAUAGGGUGUAAGAGUGUGCAUCUACAUUGGACUCCAGGAAAGUGCAGCUCCAAUAACUGACAACUACAUACAGUAACUCCGUGACACUAUAUAAUUUAUUAUCAUCAUACAGCCCUGUUAGCUAUCAAAAGCCUAAAGCGACUUUUAGAGAAAACAAAAAAGUUUUUUUCGCUAAACCGUUAAUUCCAGGAAAUUGAAGAGGAAAUUCACUAUAUUUAAGCCAAAAUAGAAAGGACAACAAUUUUAUUUCCAGUCCUGCAAGUCUAGCCUAUAUUUCUGUAAGUCCGCACAACAAACUGUUUAGUAAAUCAAUCCUAUAUCGAAUGCCAUAGCAGGGGAGUGUCUUUCCUAUGGCUUAAAAGGGAACUCAUUGUAAAAGGAAAAUCACAGGUUUACUUAAGCUUUUAGUUUUUUUUAAACUGGAACAGUAAUAUUUCUAAUUGUGCUGUAUCCUGCCCAAGGCCCAUAACAAACUGCACAGCCCUCUUAACAACCAAAAAGAGCCACAUUGUUCGUAUAAUCUUUGGCUAACGGGAUGAUGUAUUUAGGGAUGCCAUAUCUUAGACACAAAGGACACAUUUUCUUUCACUCUUAUAAAUUGAUGGAAAUAGCUGUUCUGUGUAUGUGUAGAAGUCAAAUAAUUCAUGUAGUAAAGCAGGUGAUAAAUCGAUCUGGAAUUCUGCAUACUACAAGGUAGUAUUUUAAUGUGCCCCCAAUCAACAUGAUAAAGUUAUGGAUGGAUAUGAAAACUCUAGACAUGGUUAUAAUGCAUCCUACUUUAAGGCAGACAUCACUUGUGGCCAUAAUUUGAUAGAUUUGCAUCAUCCUUUUAACAUGUCUACCAAAUCUACUACAUUCCUAGGUGGAGAUGUAAAGCAUUUACUGCUAGGUUCUUAUAUCUAGGAGAGAAAAAAAAAAAAAGUAUACUUUAUUUUUUAUUAUUUCUGUAAAUAAAUUGAGGCCGUUAUC